AUGACGGAGCGUGCCCAGCGCCUCACGGCGCUGCAGAACGGAGCCGUUGGGUCCCUGGCCGGCAUGAUCGAGAUGACCAUCCAACAGCCCUGGGUAGCCGUCAAGAACGCGGUGCAGCAGGGCCGCCCCGUUCCCCGCUCGAUUCCGGCGCUCUACCGCGGUCUGGGCGUAUCCUUGUCCUCCAUUGCGCCGGUGAGCGCCAUUCGCUUCGCCAUCAACGGACGACUGCUACGGGUGCUUAACGGGACGGACUCGGCUCCGACGGCCCAGACCAAGGUGCUCUGCAGCACGAUCUCCGGGGCCACCGCGGCGGCCAUCACGAGCCCCGCCGAACUCGUCAUGACACUGCAGCAGAUCAACGGACGCAGCAUUGGAGCAACCGUGAAGGCGGUACUGGAGACCCACGGAGUGACGAGACUCAUGCGGGGAUACCCGGCCACUGCUGUGCGUGACGCAGUGUGGUGCGCCGGAUACUUGGCGCUGGGUCCGCUGUUCACGCGCGAGGUGCACCGCUUGAGACCCGAGACAUUCGGCCACUACGACACAGCCACUGCGUCGCAAAAGGCAUCGGCCUCCAUUGCGGGCUCUCUGGUCGCUGGACUCACCGUGGUUCCAUUGACGCAGCCAGUGGAUACUAUCAAAACAGUCAUGCAAGGCGAGGCCAUGAAGCUGCCGCCAGGCCGCGGACCCAACAUGCUCGCCACUGCUAGGCGCAUGUACCGCGAAGGAGGAGUGCGGAGGUUCUACCGCGGCAUCGUGGCACGUGGAAGUCGACUCGUCGGUGCGGUUUUCAUCCUUGGACAGGCCCGUAUGCGGCUAGAGAAGCUCUUCGAGGACCACGGCCUGCUACGGUUCGAGGUUGUUGCAAACUAUGAACAUGAGUGA